AUGACUGCUCAACGAAUGACCUUGCACCAGAAAUUUGGUUUAAUUGUUCUCUUCAAUCAUUUUGGUUGCAUCGCGGAUAAAUCGCAGCUUGAGGAUAAUGCGGUUGAGGCUAUUUCACGUCAUUGUCAUGAUCUUCAGGAUCUUGACCUGCGACAAAGCUUUAACCUUAAUGAUUUCUCCCUGUAUGCGCUAGCUCAUGGUUGCCCCAACCUUACCAAACUUAACAUAAGAGGGUAUACAUUGUUUAGUGAUGGUGAUCUUGAAUAUCUUACUGGGUUUUGCCGAAAACUAAAAAUUUUGAAUCUUUGUGGAUGUGUUCAGGCUGCAUCUGACCACGCUUUACAGGCCAUUGGACAUAACUGCUGUCAGAUGCAAUUGCUGAAUCUGGGAUGGUGUGAGAAUGUUGGUGAUGUUGGAGUGAUGAGUUUAGCAUAUGGAUGCCCGGAUCUUAGAACUCUUGAUUUGUGUGGCUGUGUCUGUAUAACAGCAAUAUUCAGAAAUUUAAGUUGGACGUUGCAAGUCAAGGUGGAAGUAAUGUUGCCAAAAGAAGGGGUGAUGCUUUUGCUUGCGCAUUUUCUUCUCAUCUGGCAAGGUAAUCCUACCGACUGAUAUAUUCUGUUUCACGUUUAUGUAUCACAUACAUCUCUUAUUACUGGUUAUAUCAGGAUGCUGGAGUUUAAGUAUUUAAGAUGCUAUCUUUCUAGUGUCUUUUUUAUUAAUAAUUGGAUUUAUGUGCGAAGUUUGAUUGAGCUUAAAUGAUUAUUUAAGCGCCGACGUGAAUAAGCGCGCGACGGCCGUCACAGUUCCGGCAGCUCGCGGUAGCCAUGCUGCAGUCAAUAGGCAUUUGCCUGAUAGCAACAACAACAACACCAAUGGUAACAGCAACAUUGCAGCAACUAUGGCAAUGAGGCCAUCAGCUAUAAAUCAUCAUCAUCGUUGUUCGAAAGACAACGUGAUUCCACUUCGGACCGUAAGACUACCAGCAACAUCUGAAGCAGAAACACCCUAUUCACUAGAGAUGUUCCAAAGUCCAGGGAGUUUAGGAUUUUGAGGAUUUGAAAAUCAAAUGGUGCCUUACCUGAAUCAAACAAAAGAUGAACCAAGGGAUGAGUUGUUCUUGGAGUCAUUGCUAUGUUGAAAAGGAAGAGAGGAGGUCAAGUUCUAUUAUUUGAUUAUGUUUAUGUUUUUGAUUUUAUAUGUACAUUUUACAACGAGUAAUUUGAUUUCUUAAUGUUGUAGGAUCAUACUGGGGUAGUUUAGGAAUGAAUUUGUAACAGAUUACAUUUUUUGAUUGUUUUGUUUUGGGGCUUCAUGACUUCAUACUCCAAACUCUUGAUUCAAUUUUUGUAUCACACUUGAUCCUAUUUGUUAAUUUAUCCAUGGAUUCAGAAUUAAAAUUA